CAUUUAGUCUUGAGUUGUAAGCUAGUGACAAUUGUCUUAACUACUGCUUUAAGAGCGAAUAUAUAAUUUAUUUAUUUUUGUGUGUAGAAAACGUUUAUUCAAAUCAUGGGAGCAGAGCAAAGUAUCGCUAAACGACAUUACCAAAUUAAUAAGAGUCAGCAUACCAUUGUUUUUAAUAAGAAGUUCGCUAAUAAAGUUAAAGGUAAAGACAAAACAAAGAAAACUUCCCUCGACCUCUUUGAUGCUGUAAGGGAGAGCAUAAUUGGUGAUAAAGCUGCUUUUGAUGGUCCAUUUGGAACUAAGAAUAUUGUAUAUUGUGAUCAUGUUGCUUCAGGAAGGAGUCUUAAAUUCAUAGAAGAAUAUAUGCAAAAUAAAGUUUAUCCUUUUUAUGCUAAUACUCAUACGACUACUUCAAUAUGUUCUCAACAAAUAUCUACAUUUAGAAAUGAAGCUAGGCAAAUAAUCAAAACUUGCGUUAAUGCUGGUCCUGACGACGUUUGCAUUUUCACUGGUAGUGGAGCCACAUCGGCUAUACAUAAGUUAGUAAAUGCAAUGGAUGUUAGUAAAAGUGAUGGUUCAUUUGCUGUAAUUGUUGGUCCUUAUGAACAUCAUUCAAAUAUUUUACCAUGGAAAGAGGCGGGAGCUAAGUUAUGCAGAGCUAAGGAAAAUAGUGAUGGAUUAGUAGAUUUAAAGGAUCUUGAUAGAUUGUUGAGUAAAUUAUCGGUAGAUUAUAAAACUAUUGUAGCUUCAUUUUCUGCGGCUAGUAAUGUGACUGGUAUAUUAAGCGAUACUGUUAAAAUUUCUGAAAUCGUUCACGAAUACGGCGCAUACGCCGUAUUUGAUUAUGCUUGCGGGGCUCCGUAUCUAAAAAUUGAUAUGAAUCCUGAGGGAAAAGGUUAUAAAGAUGCCGUGUUUUGUUCACCCCAUAAAUUUGUUGGUGGUCCCCAAACUCCAGGUAUAUUGAUUGCGAAGAAGGGCCUAUUCAGAAAUCAUAUACCGCACAAUGCCGGAGGAGGAACUGUUUUAUAUGUAACAAAACAGACUUACGAAUAUCUUGAUGAUAUCGAAGAAAGAGAGGAGGGAGGGACUCCUGCUAUUUUAGAAUCAAUAAGAGCUGGUCUAAUCUUUCAAUUGAAAGAUGCUCUAACCGAAGAUGCUAUUAUUGAGAGAGAAAUGUAUUUAAAAGAUAAAGCAUUGAAAAUUUGGUUAAAAAAUAGGAAUAUACAUAUAUUGGGAAACUGUGCAUUAGAUCGUUUGCCUAUUUUUUCUUUUCUAAUACGCCAUCCAGAAACUGGUCUAUUUCUACAUCAUAACUUUAUCAGUACUCUGCUUAACGAUCUGUACGGAAUUCAAGCCAGGGGUGGGUGUGCAUGUGCAGGACCUUAUGCACAAGAUUUAUUAAGUAUAGAUAAUGCUCUGGCUGAAAAAUUGGUGGCCUUUUUAACUUGUAAAAGGGACGAACAUGAUGCUGUACUAAAUACCAAACAAACUAUGGAAAUUAUGAAACCUGGAUUUACGAGAUUAAAUUUGGCUUUCUUCUUCGAUGAACAAACUGUUCAGUAUGUUAUUAAUGCUGUAGAUAGAAUAGCUUCAUAUGGUUGGAUGUUGCUACCUUUUUACAAGUAUGAUGUUCACUCAGGCAACUGGAGCCAUCGUUUUAGGGGUCCACAAAAGCUAUCCUCCCUCUUAAACGUUAUCUAUAACUUUAAAAAAAAGGUUAUCCGUGAAGAAAUGGAAAAUAAGUUGGAUGUAAUAGUCAAAGGAGAUAUUCCGUUCGAAAUAAUGACUGCUGAAGCUGAAUGUUACUUUCAAUUUGCAACUCAGCUUACUGAGAAUUUAGAUUUAUCGGAAGAUCCCAGUGUCGAAAAGUUUUUAUCAUCAGCAGAUAUUGAACUUGUAUGGUUUCUUGAACCAAAAGAGGCUCUGCGAAGGUUACAAAAUUUAGAUGAUAGUAAAAAAUUAAAUUCCAAAAGUUCACCUCUAUUUAAUGUCAAACGAGCAACCUUAGUUGAAAAGAAGAAAGCGUUUAGGAAGUCGUUAAGAAUGAGUCAAAAUCCACAUGAAUUAUGGAAUCUUACUCUGCAACAAACAAAAGAUUCAUCUUCUGUUUUUGAAGAACCGCAUUGUAAAUCCGAUGAAGAUGGCUCAAAGAGCGAUUGAAAUCGCUCUCAGCGCUUUUAAUUCAAAAAAUAUUUUAUUUUUUUUUUACUUACAAAGCCAUAUGGAAGAUUAAGAGAUAUAUCUAUACUUAUAUAUAUAUAUAUAUAUAUAUUUAAUUUUUAUUGGAAAUUUUAAUACAGU